CUUUGAUGAACCUUUUCUGGUUAUGUAAUAGCUUCUUUGCGUUUAUUCAGAGAAAUAACAGGAUGUAGUCUAAGAGAUUCAGCAGUGCAUCAUCAAAUUUAAGCUUCUGGUGGAUGUUACCUGUCAGAUUCAGUGACAUGCCAUCCUUUCAUCUGCCCAACCUCCUGAAGGGCUUCUCUCCAUUCCUUGACAGUUUCAGGGCUAUGUUUUUGUGCAUGUUGUUCAAAGGCCUGCUGAUAAGGACCCUGUUGAUGCCUCACAUCUCUAGGGUCAACGAAGUAGAAAAUGGGGAGGAUGAGGUGACCCUUGUUUCCCUUCCAGCACUCCACCAUUUGAGCCAAUUCUUGAAGGCACCAUUUGCUGGAAGCGUACCGUUGGGUUAGAACAGGGAUGUAGAUCUUGGAUUCGGGGAUGGCCCGGACUAGGGAAGGCGCAAUCCCUUCCCCCUUGCGCAGCUCUUCCUCGUCCCUAAACGUGCGGAUUUUGGCACGCGACAGCGAGGUGUAGAGAUGAUCGGCGAAGUUAUUGCGGACGUCGGGACCCCUGAAGCUCAGGAAAACCUCGUACUCCCCAGCUGGAAGACGAGACGGCGACGCCGAUGAAGAAG